CUCUGUGUAUAAAUAUGGCCCUGACUCCCUCGUUCUCUUCAACCUUUUUCUUGCUCCUCACCAGCACCCUCACCCAGCUCCUCAAGUCUCCAGCCCACAGUACCAGCCUCCCAAAGCGCGACCGGUCCUCCUUUGAGCAUUAGCUCCCCAAGCCCCAUCACCAAAAUGCAGUUCAAGACCAUCAUCAUUGCCCUCUUUGCCGGUGCUGCCGUUGCCGUCCCCACUGGUGGCGGCUCCGGCGGUGGCGGCUCCGGCGGUGGCGGCUCCGGCGGUGGCGGCUCCGGCGGUGGCGGCUCCGGCGGCGGCGCCUACGACGCCUGCUCCGGCCUCUACGACUCCCUUCAGUGCUGUGCCACCGACGUCCUCGGGCUGGCGAAUCUCGACUGCUCGCCUCCCACGAAGGCGCCUACCUCAGCCGCUGACUUUAAGGCCACCUGCGCCAAGGGUGGCCAGCGCGCCCGCUGCUGCGUCCUCCCUAUUCUUGGGCAGGCUGUCCUUUGCCAGUCGCCCCUUGGCGUUACUUAUUAAGCAUCCCGAGACCUUGCCGCUUCGUCGCCGAAGUCCGAGGACAAACGCUGCCGCUUGCUGGAUGACUUGAACGGGCUGAUGGAAUCUUGUCGGCCCCACUGUCUCGACAAGCGAGGUGAUGGUCUCCGUUGGCGGGGCUGCCAGCGAGGCCGCCGCGACUCUUUUCUUUUUUACUCUGAUGACUUUAUCCUUUCUUUGCUCUUCCUGAUGCCGGCCGCUCAAUGACUAUCCUUUCCACUGUUUUCGCUGCUCCUCUUCUUUACGGAGGUGUUUGAUGGACUGCGCAGUACUGUUUUCUCCUUAUAAAAACGAGGUGGAUACCCACUCUGCACGCCCUUAUGGGCCACGACUAAUAGUUCCCGAUUCCACGGCUGAUGUGGUUAGGCACUUGAGAUCAAUGCGAAGAUUAAGUUGAAACCUC